AAUGGUGCACACAUUUUUCAUUGUAUGUCCUCAUAUUGGAUCGAGAGUUUCGUAACUUCGUGCUGCAACACACUUUCCAUCCAGUUUUUACGCAACCUUUCGUUCAUCACGUUUUGUGCUUACGGCAGCUGAGCAUAACCAGCAAACAAGCAAAAGUUGAACAAUUUUUGAUAAUUUUAUUUGUCCAUAAAUGACUAAGUAAUAUAAGCUAAAUUUUCCAAUAAAUUCCAAAAUGUCUCCGACUAAAUGUAAGGAUGGUUUUACCCCAGAAGUUAUUACACUUGAUGACGCACCGUAUGAAAUUUUAGAAUCACCGUCAAGCAAAAAAAUUCGGGGAGAACCUUUAUUAGACGAGGGUCAAAUUUCUUCAAGUUAUUAUUUAAAGCAGAUUUUAUCCUCGCCUAAUAAAGUUGAAGUUAAGAGAAUGAGCCGAGAAGAGUUGGAGGAUUUGGUCUUGUGCAAAGUUGCACAAGUUUUAUUACACGAUACGGAAGAGGGGAAAUACAGGAUGAAGAUAAUGGGCCUUGAAAAACAAAGAGAUCGACUUAAAGACAGAGUUAUUGCGCUGGGUAAACAGGUAAUGGAAAUGGAAAAAGCCGUGUCACUCCUUUUACACGAAGCACUAAAAGCCGAAAAUACCAGAAGCAUAUUAAGACCGAUCAAGCUGUAUCGAAGUGUUGGACUCCAAGUCGACACGGGGAAAGCGCCUUCAAAAUUAGCACAACAAAAAGCGAUCGCCCCCAAGCAAAAUCUCGUAACUCGGUCGUGUCAAACAAAUUCAACGCCCGUAUGUCAAGCAGAGACGCAGACUGAUAUUUCACAGUACCCAAAACCUCCAGCGAAAAAUGGUACAACUCGGUCGAAAAUUGUGGCGGAAGCUGUGUCUCGAUCUACCAAUUUCAUCCAUAAAACAUCCCCGAAUACUUUAAGCAAUCCGAAAAAGAAUGCUGAUCCCAUGAGUUUAUCAACCACUCCAGGCAGGCAGAAUCACGUACCGCGACAAACUAAUAAUGUGACGUAUCAAGUUAUGCAAGAACCCAAUUCUGGAAGAAUAUUACAAUUGGUCCCAUAUUUACCAAAUGCCUCGCCAAAACUGACCCACGUUCGACCAUCCCUCUCUUUAGCGAGAAAUCGUACUGGAGGGAUAACUCUGUCGUGGCAAAUGCCUCAAUCCGUGGCUGCAGUUGACAUGGCGGGGUACGAAAUUUUCUCCUUAUACAAGUCCAAGGCCGGGAAGGAAGAAUGGAAACGAAUUGCGGAAGUAAAUGCUAAACCUUUUCCGGAAUUGAAUACUUUCACGAUGAAAACCGUCGAGAGAGGAAAACGUCACUCGUUCACUGUCCGAGGAAAAGGGGUGUACGGUCGCGGUGGACCGUUUUCAGUUCCGCAAAGUAUACUUGUGCCAAAACCGGAUGGUAGUAUUUAAUUAGGAAUUUAAUAAAACGCUUCAAUAUUGUGAAUAUAUCUACAGCUAGGUGUGCAUGCAUAAUUAUUAUGAUUAAACGCUGAUGUAUGUAUGUAUUUAGUAAAUAAAUUUUUAUAGAGCAUGAUAACAUUA